GGGGUUAUGUUAGUGACGCAUCCGGGCUCCGUUCCCUGAGUCCGCCUCAGUCGGGAGAAGAAGGCCGGGGAGCUUCCCUCUUUCCCGGCAGGGCUGGCUACUUUAGGCCGGGGUUUUGAGGGGCCAUGGAGGCCCUCUUCUGGAGGGGCCCGGGGCCCACUGAGUCUCCCUCGGCCGGCUCCUGGUGAGGCUGCCCAUGGAUACCAGCCCUCCAACGCCAGACCCUGGGGCCCCACGAAGGGACUUUGCAGCCCCCACCUCUGAAGCGGGGCCCCCAUCCUUUGAAUGGCUGCUGGGGCGGCUGGGAGCAGGGGGUCGGCGCCAGCGUCUCCUCCUGGCCCUGAGUUGUCUGCCCUGCCUUCUCCUGGGACUUGGGGAUGGCUCUGAUGCCCUCUUCACCCUCACACCUCCGCGGCACUGUCGGGACCCCAAUGGCACCAAGCUGCCUGAGAACACCACUUGCCAGGAUGCCCACUGUCAAAACUGGGAAUAUGGAGCACUCCCAGCACUCACCAGCAAUCCAGUCACUGAGUGGUCCUUGGACUGUUCUCGAGCGUGGGUUGUCCCCUUGGAGCAGCUCUGUUUCCUCUUGGGAUUUGCUGCUGGAGCCCUUUUUCUGGGUCACUUAGCAGACAGUGUGGGACGGCGUAGCACUCUUCUCCUGGCACUUGCUCUUGGCUGCCCUGCAGGCAUUUUGGCUGCAUUUGCUGCCUCACCCUCUGUGUUCAUGUUGGGUCGUUGUCUCUGGGGGGCAAUGUUGGGUGGCAUGCAGCUUGCCCUCUACCUUAGCCGGUUGGAACUGUGCUGUCCUCCCCAGCGGCUGCCAGUGGCUAUGGCAGGAGACCUCCUCAUGGUUGGAGGCCAUUUCCUACUUCUAGGGCUGGCACUGGCUUGUGGCAGCUGGCGGGUCCUACAGGGUGUGAUGUCCUCGGGGCUUGGGCUUUGCCUGCUAUAUGGCUGCCCUGGAUUUUACCCCGAAUCGCCCCGUUGGCUUUUGGCCACUCACCGCACAGCUCAAGCCAAGGAGAUUCUGAUAGACCUUGCCCAGGGAGGUGGUGCCCAGGAGUCUGAUGCUCAAGAAGCACUAGCUGAACUUGACAAUGCCUGCCACCUCCCUGCUGCGGCCCAAAUCUCCCUCCGUGCUAUGCUAUCCUGCAGAAACAUCUGGAAAAAUGUUCUCAUCCUUGGUUUUACCACGUUUAUAGCCCAUGCCAUCUGCCACUGUUACCAACUUGCAUGGGAAUCCCUGGAGGAUCCGCAUGCCAAGUUCUACCUCUCCUACCUGCUGUCGACCGGCAGUGCGGGCCUAGCCUGCCUCUUCCUGUGCCUGAGUGUUGACCGGUACGGACGCCGUGGGAUUUUACUCCUCACCACCACAUUAACCGGCAUCGCCUCUCUUAUCUUGCUGGGCCUGGGAGAGUAUCUGAAUGAUGCUGCACGGAGGACAUUCUCCAUCCUGGGCCUGUUCUCAUCCCAUGCAGCCGGCUCCCUCAGUAUCUUCUUUGCCUCUGAAGUCAUUCCCACCAUUAUCAGGGGAAAAGGCCUAGGCAUCAUCCUGGCAUUGGCAUCAUUGGGAGGUCUAAGUGCUCCAGUGCUCCGGUUGCGAGAACAGCAUGGCUCAUUCCUUGAACAUAUUGUGUUGGCGUCCCUCAACAUCCUUGCCCUUCUCUGCCUGAUGCUGCUUCCCGAGAGCAAACGCAAGGCUCUGCCUGAAGGCCUGCGUGAUGGGGAACUUUACCGGAGACCCUCAUUGCUCCGCCGAGCCGGGGGGAGCGAAGGCCGAGAUGCUGAGGGGGCCACCCGGCGAGACGAUGUGCCCCUACUGUCCACACCAAACCCUACUAGCUGAUGCAUCUCUGCCGUGACUGAAUUUGACCACUUUCCUCCACAUUGGGCCUAAUCCACAAGGGAGGAGAAAGGACAAAGUUGUAGUUAAUGUGACCCCUGCUUUUUCAUUUUCUGCUUCUGGUGUAAUGUGAGAAGACACACAACUUCUUCUGAAUGUCACACCAGAAGCAGAAACCCAGAGCAGCAGUGCCAAUUGCUUGUGCCACCACACACAAGUCUGUUGGCAGAGAUAGACCCACACCCUUUUGAUUUGCCACAAAUGGCUAGGUCUGAACUGGGACCAUACAUCUCAGGCCCACACUUCCAAGAGUGGGGGGCCAGACAGAACAACCUCAAAACUCCUCGUGUGUGUGCAAUAAAGUCCUCAGUCAGCCUUCUCCAACCUGGUGCCCUUUGGAUGUGUUUUUGGGACUCCCUGGUUGGAGAAAGCAGUCUUGGAUACUAUUUAUAAAUUCUUCACCUCUUUUCCUGGCUCUCCACUUCACUCACUGAAAGAGCUUCCUGAUAGCUUUAUAACAAGCAGAAACUGAGUAGUCAAGCUUGGUCUCAGCUGGGGAGGCAGUUAGGGAAAAGCUUUACCUGCUGGACUUCUGCCUAGCAGAGAAAUGUUAAAGGGCACAAAAGCCACGAUAGGUCAGAAAGUGCCAGUAUUAGAGAACUGUUUUUGUUUCAACAUCUAUUCUAAAAGAACUUAGCUGUUACAUCCAUUUCCCAGUCUCUUGGGAUACCUCAUGGUUUCAUUUAUCUCAGAUCACACUUUGAAAUUUGCCAAAGGCUUCUCCUUUGUGGGGAGAUAAAGCCUGCCCUAAUUCAUAAAACUUAACUGUAAAUAACCACCUAUUUGGAGCAGUUUCCAUCAUCAUGCCCAUUUUACAGAUUUUAGCAACUGAGGUCAAGAACUAUAUUCAAAAUCACUGGAUAUUUUAUGGACAAGGUCAAAGCUUUCAAUCUAUGCACUCCAUUCCUAAUUAUUCAUCACUUUGAUACAAAUCUGUCUAGAAAGGGCUCUUAAUUAAAUCUUUUUUGCCAAGCUUCUUGAAUGGAAUUGGGGGCCUUCAGAAUCUUUUUCAUCACCUGAUUUCCCCCCCCCCCCAAAAAAAAAAAGGCCUGGGGCUGAUGCCUCUGGAAGUGCUUUCCAGCGAUUUCUAUUCUUUGUGGGCUUCAGAAAACCUAUUUUGUUUGCUGCUCACAUAAGAGGCAUGUUGAUUCAACUGAUUUCUUAUUCUGCCACAUGACUGUAUGCAAAACUUGACCCACCUGUAUAGACAUUUCUUGCCAGGGCAUUGUCUAAACGAUAACAGCCGGAAAUUAACUAUAGCUAUCAAUUUCCCCCCAAUUAUUUUAAUGUUGGCUUUCUUAUUGUCAAAGAUACAAGGCUCCUGUGGGUCACAGCCUUCAUUAAGAAUAUCAGCAGUACUUCACUUGGGACUUCACACAACCUUCCAUCAUGUGUGACUGGUAAUUCAACUCAUUUAAGCUAAAAGUAAAAGCAAAUUGGCAUCAUUGAUGGGAGGAUACUGAAGAUAAGAAGGGAACAUGGCAAUGCUGUGACUAGACUCAACUCCUGUUCCUCCAAGAUAUUUCAUAAUGCAACCCACCUAAAUUUGGAAAGUGUUUUGGCUGCUUUUUAAUCCUAAAGGGAAAUGAACUACUGACUGUUAAUAAGCUAAAUACAGAUUAAAGAAAAUUCUUGAGAACUCUGA